CUCAGUAGCCAAAGUAAGUCACUCAAGCAAUCAAAUCAAAUAGCCAACUCCUUAUCUCAACUCUCCAAACACUACUCCCUCUCCUUAACUCAGUAAUGGCUAACUCCUUGGUCCUUAAGCUCACUUGCUUGGCACUCAUGUGCUUGGUGAUUGGUGCACCAGUUGCCCAAGCCGCAAUAUCAUGUGGCCAAGUCCAAAGCAGCCUCGUUGCUUGCAUUCCCUACCUGAGGAGUGGAGGGUCUCCCACACAGGCUUGCUGCAAUGGGGUUAAGUCCCUUAACAAUGCUGCUAAGACCACAGCUGACCGCCAGGCCGCUUGUGAGUGUUUGAAAACAGCUGCCGGUAGCAUCUCUGGACUUAGUCCUGCUAAUGCUGCUUCUCUCCCUGGCAAGUGUGGAGUCAAUGUUCCUUACAAGAUCAGCACCUCCACCAACUGCAAAAACGUGAAGUGAGAGGUCGAUGUUGGAGUAGCAGUUUUCAGCCGCAGAAUGUAAUAAACUAGCAUGAGAAAUAAAAUGGGGUUAGGCCCAUAUAUUGGGCUCCUCUUGUAAGGAGUCUUCUUGUUGUAGUUGUAUUUCCUCAUGUACUCAGCUAUAUCCUAUGAUAAGUAUGCGUUUGCGAAGCU